AUGAUUGUGCACUCCACCAUGACACGUACUUUCCAGCAGACACCGAUCGUGCGAGGUCGCGGCCUCAUUUCCAACGUAAUAGAAAAUCUCCCUUUCGAAGCCCACAUCCCAGGUUACAAUUUCUGUGGCCCGUCAACCAAACUGCAAAAACGUCUUCAACGAGGAGAUGUUGGUAUAAAUCCACUUGACGAAUUUUGCAAACAACACGACAUUUUCUAUUCUCAGCAGAAAGAUCUCACUGCGCGUCAACAAGCGGACAAACUUUUGGCUGAUCAAGCUAUACAGCGAGCCUUCGCAUCCGACAGCUCUUUUGGAGAACGAAUGGCAGCUUUGGGAGUUGCUGGAGCAAUGAAAGCUAAAAAAAAGAUGGGUUUUGGCCUGCGAAAACAUCGUACACAACAAAGAAAGAAACGUUUGAACAAGAUGGGAAAGGGUUUGCGAAAAAAAUCACCAAAAUCGCAAAGUUCCAAGCGACGUUUGCGGAUUCUGCCUCUACCGAAAACAGGUGGCUUUCUACCUUUACUUCUACCUAUACUCGGGGCUCUUGGAGCUCUUGGAGGUGGUGCUGCCUCCAUUGCAAAAGCUGUCAAUGAUGCUAAAGCCAAUCAGUCACAACUUGCGGAACAGAAGCGUCAUAACUUGGCUUUAGAAGCCUCUCGCAAGGUUUCUCCCACGGGAAAGGAACUAGAGUAUCACACUUAUCAACCUUUUAUCAAUUCCAACUUUGACUACAACGAUGAAAUUCGCAUUGCUGUUCAAGAACUAGAUGCCUAUACCCUCCCGUCACAAAGUCUUUUGUAUCUCGAAGGAGAAUUAACCAAAGCCGAUGGAACUGCUGUUACGACUAAAAACGCUGAUGGAACUACUGUUAAAACUCUGCAAUUAAUCAAUAACGCUUUUGCUUUUCUGUUCCGUGAGCUCCGUUAUGAACUGAACGGAGUUGUAGUCGAUUCCGUUCGAAAUGUUGGUCUUACCUCCACCCUUAAAGGGUAUCUGUCUUUUAAUGAAAAUGAGAGUUCACGCUUGCAAAAUGCUGGCUGGUUCCCAAAAGACACUUUUAUUUCUGAGUCUGGCAAGUUCAAUGUUUGUAUUCCUUUAAGCAUGUGGAUGGGAUUCUUUGAAGACUAUCGAAAAAUUCUCCUCAAUAUGAAACAGGAGUUAGUAUUAAUCCGUAGUAGUCAUGACCUUGAUGCUGUUGUAGCAACUACUACAUCCGAAAAACCAAAAAUUCGGAUUGAUAAGAUUCAGUGGAGAGUACCCCACGUAUCUGUUGACAUUCCUCAGCAACUAGCUCUUACAAAAAUUCUCAACAAAAACAUGGAAAUUCCACUAUAUUUUCGCAGUUGGGAACUAGUAGAGUAUCCAUCACUCCCUGAAACAACGCGUCACACCUGGCCAGUCAAAACUACAACGAAGCUCGAGACCCCUAGACAUGUUAUCCUAGCCUUUCAAACUAAUAAAAAACAAUUUUCGAGUUGUGGUUUAGCGUCAAUUCACGUAUCACCUCUUAAACCUGAUUCCAACUCGCUAGACUGGGAGAAACUCAGAUUGCGGCGCCUGCCUAACAUGAUAUCUAUCAUAUUGCUUAGGAAUGAUUCAACUGAACGUGUCAGUCAUCCCCAGUCCAAUGGCUCGAUUGAGCGAUUUCACGCCACCUUAUUGGAAAUGAUCAGAUCCCAUGUAUCCGAAAAUCCCGACGAACAUCCCUUCAAUAUUCUUCCCUAUGCUGUUCAGUGCUACAAUAGCACUAGAAAUAAAACUACUGGCUUUACACCAUACGAGCUCGUGUUUGGCCACACCUCUGGUCGUCCGCCCGAACACGUAUAUUUAGAAAAAGAAUUGAUGUCCAAGUUUUUGGUCAUGUUGAAUAUUAAGCGCACUGCGGAUGGGCAAACCACCACUUCAGUGGUUGAUCCAAAAAGACACUUCACUGCAAUAAUGAACCACUACCAAGUGCGAUCGUUGGAGCACAAGCAAGGAUCGAGGGAUUAUCUGUCGAUUCGGCGAAAUCUUGUUUCUCGACCAUGUGUCAAAGCUAUGUAUGCUUCGACGCAUGACUAUCAACGAAACUGUGUCCUCAAGCCAAAAUUCCUGACCUUAAAACAAAUGCAGUUAUUGCUGGAAUGGUACAGGCUGUUGAAGGCAGAGAGAACUACGUGGUUGCCAGUGUUUGUGGAUUCCACCUUAGCCGCGGGUGGUAUAGUCAUAAAUAUACUCCGUCCUAGCCCAUCGCCAUUUAGGCUAGGUUUAGCGUCAAUUCACGUAUCACCUCUUAAACCUGAUUCCAACUCGCUAGACUGGGAGAAACUCAGAUUGCGGCGCCUGCCUAACAUGAUAUCUAUCAUAUUGCUUAGGAAUGAUUCAACUGAACGAAUUGCACUUACUGGUGGAGGCGGCACGUUAGGAAGAUUUGUGAUACUAUAG